AUGCUUUUCUUACUGUUCUUUAUUCCCAAUGGUAGGGUGAUCGAUAGAGAAGAGAUAAUUCAAUUAUGGAUGGCCGAAGGCUUUCUUGUGCCAUCUAGUAGACAAAGAGGGAGAGAAGUGUUAAUGGAAGAUAUUGGAAAUGAAUAUUUUAACGAGUUGUUGUCUGACUCUUUAUUUCGAAGUGCAGAAAAUAAGGCUGAUUUGGCUAACAUUCAGAAGUGUAAGCUGAACGAUCUUGUACAUUAUGUAGCACGUACUGUUGCUGGAAAUGCUGGGUGCUCAACUUUAAGAGUCAAUGAGGUAGUAAGUUUUUCUGAAAUUCGACGUUUGCAUUUAGUUUUUGAUGAAGAUAUGCCGAGAAGGUUUCCAGAGGUUGGUAUUUAUAAAGAUAGAUUACGCUCAUUAGUUGCCCUUGAAGUAGGAGACUGUGACAAAAUUCAAAAUGUUUUUCCGAAUAGGAAUUUGCGCGUAUUAUACUCGAGUGGUUCAACGAUUCAAAAAGUACCGGCUUUGUUUUCAAAGUUGAGACAUUUAAGAUAUCUUAACCUCUCGGGCUGUUCUAAUCUUGAUGUAUUGGAUGAUCAGUCUGUCAAGAAUCUCUAUAAUCUGCAGACAUUGGUAUUAAACCGCUGCACCACCCUUUCGGAACUUCCUGAAGGCAUUGGAUCAAUGAGAAGCUCGAGGCACCUUGAUAUUUCGUACACAGGAAUAAAAGUAUUGCCUAUGUCAGUCACUAGUCUCCAGAACUUGCGAACAUUGGAUGUCUCUAAUUGCACAACUUUUGAAGGUUUACCUGAAAACGUCGGAGCUUUGAAAGAUCUACGGAGCCUUAAUCUUUCACAUACAGGAAUAAAAAUAUUACCUACUUCAGUUACUAGUCUCCAAAAUUUGCGAGCAUUAAACGUCUCUAAUUGCACAAAUAUUGGAUCUUUGAAAGAUCUACGGAGCCUUGAUAUUUCACAUACAAAGGUGAGUAGAUUACCAGACUCUAUCAGUGGUCUUGAAAGAUUGAUGACGCUUAGAUUGCACUCAUGUCCCAACCUCGAAGAUUUGCCUAAAGGAAUUGAAGCAUUGAAAUGUAUUUAA